AUGGCGCCGAUGGCCCAGCUCUGUGUUUGGGUAGCUGCCCUAGCUUCCUGCAUCUGUCACGCCUCUCCCAUAGAGGAAAAGCGAUCAUGGGUUCCGGACGGAUACCAUGCACCGCCGUACUAUCCCGCUCCCUACGGCGGUUGGGCCGGCGACUGGGCUGAGAGUUACCGCAAGGCCAGGAAGCUUGUCGACUUGAUGACGCUGGCGGAAAAGACGAAUAUUACGGGCGGCACGGGGAUAUACAUGGUAGGACGCUGCAACGGCAACUCGGGCUCUGCCCUCCGUCUGGGCUUCCCCCAGCUCUGCCUCAACGACGCUCACAAUGGCGUGCGGCAAGCAGACCACGUCACCGUUUUCCCAGACGGCAUCACGACGGGUGCCACCUUUGACAAGCAGCUCAUGCGACGGCGGGCCGACGCCAUGGGACGCGAGGCCCGUAUCAAGGGUGUCAACGUUUGGCUCGGUCCUACCGUCGGACCCAUCGGUCGCAAACCCAAGGGCGGUCGCAACUGGGAGGGCUUCGGUGCCGAUCCCGUUCUGCAGGCCGUCGGUGCCCGUGAGACGAUCCGAGGGGUCCAGGCCCAGGGCGUCAUCGCCACCAUCAAGCACUGGGUGGGCAACGAGCAAGAGAUGUAUCGGAUGUACAACCCCUUUCAGUUCGCCUACAGCGCCAACAUCGACGACCGGGUCCUGCACGAGAUCUACAUGUGGCCCUUUGCCGAAGGUGUCAAGGCCGGCGUCGGGUCUGUCAUGACGGCGUACAACGCGGUCAACGGCACAGCCUGCAGCCAGCAUCCGUACCUCAUCAACGCCCUCCUCAAGGACGAGCUCGGCUUCCAGGGCUUCGUCAUGACCGACUGGCUCGCUCACAUGUCCGGCGUCGGUUCCGCCCUUGCCGGCCUCGACAUGGACAUGCCCGGCGACACUCAGGUGCCCCUUUUCGGCAACUCGUACUGGAUGCAUGAGCUCACGCGCGCCACCCUCAACGGCUCCGUCCCGAUGGACCGCCUCAACGACAUGGCGACCCGCAUCGUCGCCGCCUGGUACAAGAUGGGCCAGGACGCCGACGACUUUCCCGCCACCAACUUCGACACCAACACGAAGAGCCGCGAGGGCCUGCUCUAUCCCGCGGCAUUCCCCGAUACUCCCCGCGGCGUGGUGAACCACUUCGUGCCCGCCCAGGCCGACCACGACGUCAUUGCCCGUCAGGUCGCUCAGGAUGCCAUCACGAUGCUCAAGAACGACGGUGGCCUCCUGCCGCUCUCGACCGAGCGGAAACUCUUCGUUUUCGGCACGGACGCGCAGGCGAAUCCGGACGGAAUCAACGCGUGCGUCGAUCGAAACUGCAACAAAGGUACCCUCGGCCAGGGAUGGGGUUCCGGCACCGUCGAUUACGUCUACCUCGACGACCCCAUCGGCGCGAUCAGGGCGCGGGCCAAGAAGGUCACCUUUUACAACACUGACACCUUUCCGGGCAAGGUCGACACCCCUAGGGACGACGACGUCGCCCUCGUCUUCCUCAGCUCCGAUGCGGGCGAAAACACGUACACGGUCGAGGGCAACCACGGUGACCGGGACGCGUCCGGCCUCUACGCCUGGCACGGCGGCGACAAGCUCGUGCAGGAGGUGGCCAGGCGAUACAAGAACGUCGUCGUCGUCAUCCACACGGUCGGACCCCUGCUUCUAGAACGCUGGGUCGACCUUUCGUCGGUCAAGUCGGUGCUCGUCGCCCACCUCCCGGGCCAGGAAGCCGGCCGGUCCCUCGCCGAGGUCCUCUUCGGCGACGUCUCGCCCAGCGGUCACCUUCCCUACUCCAUCACGAGGCGCGAGGAGGACUUGCCGGAGAGCGUGACGAAGCUCAUCGACAAGGCCUUCCUCAACCAAGCGCAGGACACGUACUCCGAGGGCCUCUACAUCGACUACCGCUACCUCAACAAAAAGGGCAUCCAGCCACGGUACGCCUUCGGCCACGGGCUCAGUUACACGUCCUUUUCAUACGGAAACGCCACCGUGAGGAAGGUGACGCAGAUGUCCAGGACACCGACGGCGCGGAGCGCCAAGAGCGGCAUCCUCGACUACGCGCAAUCCAUCCCCGAAGCACGGGAAGCCGUCAAGCCGGCCGGGUUCCACGCCCAUUGGCGCUACAUCUACUCGUGGCUCGGCAAGGCGGACGCCGAAGCGGCCGUUCGAGACGGCCGACGGAACAAGUACCCCUAUCCCGAAGGGUACUCGACGCAGCAGCGUCCCGGGCCGCGCGCCGGGGGCGGCCAGGGCGGAAACCCGGCACUCUGGGAUGUGGCCUACAGGCUUGCGGUGACGGUGACCAACACGGGCACGAAGCGAGCCGGCAAGGCAUCGGUGCAGGCGUAUCUGCAGUUCCCGGACGGCACGCCAUACGAGACGCCCGUCAUCCAGCUGCGCGACUUUGAAAAGACCAAGAAGCUGGCCCCGGGGGAGAGCACGACGGUGGAGCUGAUGCUCACGCGCAAGGACCUGAGCGUCUGGGAUGUCGUGCUUCAGGACUGGGUCAUCCCGGCGGUAGACGGGGGAUACAAGGUGUGGUUGGGUCCGGCGAGCGACGCCUUGGAUACCGUGUGUCGGGCGGACAGGAUGACGUGCGAGCAUGGGGUCAAGGGGCCGGUCUAG